UUGAUUAAGGGCAUCGGAAUUUUACUUAUUUUAACUAUUUUAAUAUUUCUAACCUAUUGGCUCGCCGAUAUUUUCGCUCAUGAGAGUCUACAUGUAGCUGAAGUCGCCUACAAUACUAACUGGAUGGAUCGCGGUAAAGAAUUUCGUAGAUGUAUUUUACUAAUUAUCGGCAGAAGUCAACGUCCCUUGACGCUCACCGCUGGUGGUUUUAAACCGAUGAAUAUGAACACUUUUAUGGCUAUAAUGCGUACAUCUUAUUCAUUUUUCUCACUUCUGCAGAGUACAAUGUAAAAUUUGUGAAAGUUUGAAAUAUACAAAAUGACCUAGAUACAUACAUAGCUGUGUUCGUAUGGAAUAGUAGGCUCCGUGAAUUAAGGCCGCGUGUAGGCCCGAGGGCUUAACUCAUUUUGCCAAGUGAAAUUAGG